CCUGGCCCGAUGGCGCCUCAGCGGAGGGGCGCGCUCAGGGCGCCCGAGGGCAGCGGGGCGUCAGAGCGCCGGCGCCCGUGCAGCACAAAGAAUGUCCGGGCACCUUGGGAGGUGCAGAGGAAGUGGCUGAGAACUACCGUCCUGGGGGCCUGUGCUGUGCUUACUGGGCUCCUGCUCUGGAGCAGCCUGGGGGGUGAUGAUGGCGUCACUGAGGUCCUGGCUCACCGUGGGGAGAUCCUGCCUGGCAGGUUCAUUGAGGUGCCCUGCUCGGAGGACUAUGACAGUCACCGAAGGUUUGAAGGCUGCUCCCCUAGGAAGUGUGGGCGGGGCAUCACCGACACCGUCAUCACCAGGGAUGAAGCCCAGAGGAUUCGCAGCAUAGCCGAGAAGGGGCUGUCCCUGGGAGGAUCUGAUGGAGGGGCGUCCAUCCUGGACUUGCACUCAGGAGCCCUGUCUGUUGGGAAGCACUUUGUGAACCUGUACAGAUACUUUGGAGAUAAAAUACAAACCGUCUUCUCAGAAGAGGACUUCCAGUUGUACCGGGACGUGCGGCAGAAGGUCCAGCUCACGAUCGCCCAGGCUUUUGGCAUCAGCGCAUCUUCGCUGCACCUGACCAAGCCCACGUUCUUCUCCCGCAUCAACAGCACCCAAGCCCGGACGGCACACGACGAGUAUUGGCACACGCACGUGGACAAGGUGACCUAUGGCUCCUUUGACUACACCUCGCUGCUCUACCUCUCUGACUACCUGGACGACUUCGGCGGAGGGAGAUUUGUGUUCGUGGAGGAGGGGGCCAACAAGACAGUGGAGCCAAGAGCAGCACCUCUGUCUACAAACUGUGCGGAAAUGCUGGAAGGGACACGGAGACCCCUACUGUUACUGUGCGUCCACAGACACUUGAGAACUGCAUCUGUCUACAUGGGCAGAGGGGGUGGAUGGGCAUGGGAGGCCGGCGGCCGCUGUGCAGACAGGCCUGGCUGCUGUCCCAUGUCUCAAGUUUGAAUCAAGAGACCAAGGACAAGAUGUGUUUUAAAAAUGUAAGUCUUGGGGUGCCUGGGUGGUCAGUUGGUUGAGCAUCCAACUUCGGCUCAGGUCAUGGUCUCACGGUUGGUGGGUUUGAGCCCCGUGUCAGGCUCUGUGCUGACAGCUCAGGGCCUGGAGCCCACUUGGGAUUCUGUGUCUCCCUCUC